UCCUCCUCCUCCUCCUCCUCCUGCUGCUGCGGCACCACAAUUGUCACAUUGUGUUACAAUCUCUCUUGUCAUUUUUGUGCACAUUGUGUCAUAUUAUUAGUUGUCAUUGUUGUUAAUAUAGGACUAAACUAAUGCCUGCACUAGCAGUUGAUCAACUCAACCAGUUAAGAGACAUCUUUGCAAGAUUCGACAUGGACUCAGAUGGCAGCCUCACCAUUUUGGAGCUCGCAGCCCUCCUCCGGUCCUUAGGCCUCAAGCCCUCAGGUGACCAAAUCCAUGUCCUGCUUGCCAACAUGGACUCAAACGGAAAUGGCUCCGUGGAAUUUGAUGAAUUGGUCAGUGCUAUAUUGCCUGACAUGAAUGAAGAAAUUUUGGUAAACCAAGAGCAACUAUUGGAGGUUUUUCGGUCCUUUGAUCGUGACGGUAAUGGAUAUAUAACUGCAGCAGAGCUAGCAGGGUCCAUGGCCAAAAUGGGUCAACCGCUAACGUAUAAGGAGCUAACAGAGAUGAUCAAAGAGGCUGAUACAGAUGGAGAUGGUGUCAUUAGCUUUAAUGAAUUUGCCACCAUAAUGGCAAAGUCAGCCUCAAGUUUUCUAGGCCUUCCUCCCUCAUGACCAGAGGUUCCUGGUACAUGCUAUAGUUUUGGCCCUGUAAACAUGUUAAUCUCUAAUGCAUUGCAUCAUCCCACGAAGAGAAAAUAAAAUUUUCUCGUCUGCUUGACUAAUCUUAGAUUAUAGAGACUUUUUUUUUCUUUUUCUUUUCUGACCGCCAAACUAAUAUGCUGAGUACUUUUUUCUUUUCUCCAAUACAUUUCAUUGGAUAAUUUUGUUGCUAUUAGUUUUAUGUUUACAAAU